AUGGAGCAACCAGCAUUGACUCCUGCACGACAAUGUGAGCCAAUCGCGAUUGUUGGCAUAGGAUGCCGAUUACCAGGGAAAGCUUCAUCACCAUCCAAACUGUGGGAAUUGCUCAUCAAGAACGACACGGGCCAUUGUGCCGUUCCAUCAGAGCGCUAUAAUGCAGCGGCAUAUUACCACCCGGAUGCCGAAAGACCAGGAAGUAUCAAUUCGACCGGUGGAUAUUUUAUUCAGGAGGACAUCCGAGCCUUCGAGAACGCGUUCUUCGGGAUCAACAACCUCGAAGCCACGUCCAUGGACGCCCAGCAAAGAAAGCUCCUCGAAGUGACCUACGAGGCGUUGGAGAAUGCCGGUGUACCGUUGGAAACGAUCCAGGGCACAAAUACCGGUGUGUAUGUCGGCAAUUUCACCAACGAUUUCUUGAACAUGCAGUACAAAGACUCGGAGUACUUUUCCCGAUAUAGUGCCACGGGAUCGGGACUGACCGUGCUGGCGAACCGGAUCACACAUUGCUUAGAUCUGCGUGGCCCGUCCCAUGUCGUUGAUACGGCUUGUUCGUCGUCCUUGUAUGCACUACAUUCGGCGUGUUUAGCCUUGGAUGCCCGGGACUGUGACGCGGCCGUGGUGGCUGCUGCGAACCUCAUCCAGUCUCCGGAGCAGCAGAUGAUUGCUGUGAAAGCUGGGAUUCUAUCACCAGACUCGAUAUGUCAUACCUUCGAUGAAUCAGCCAACGGAUAUGGUAGAGCGGAGGGUGUAUCCGCCGUAUAUCUGAAGCGGCUCAGUGAUGCAUUGAGGGAUGGAGAUCCCAUUCGCUCGAUCAUCCGAGGAACCUCAGUCAACGGAAAUGGACGAACACCAGGAAUUGUCCAGCCAAGUGUGGAAGGCCAAAAGGCCGUUAUUCGGGCGGCAUAUCGUCGGGCAGGUCUGGAGCCGGGAGACACGGACUACAUCGAGGCGCAUGGGACAGGCACGAAGGUCGGUGAUCCUAUGGAGGUCAAAGCCAUAGCUGAUGUUUUUUGUCAUCGGACGGGACGGCCAACCCUCGUUGGGGGGAUCAAGCCGAAUGUUGGUCACAGCGAAGGGGCGAGCGGUCUUUCAAGCAUAAUCAAAGUCACCUUAGCACUCGAAAAUCGGUUACUCCCUGCGACGGCCGGGGUUAAGGCGAUCAACCCAAGCAUCAAAUUAAAGGAAUGGAACGUGGACAUUGUUACUGCCAAUCAAGCGUGGCCGGUAUCUCGGGUCCCACGAGCCUCGGUCAAUUCGUUUGGUUUCGGGGGCUCAAAUAGCCAUGCAAUUCUGGAAGCAGUACCGACGGACCUAUUGACCAACAGUUGUAGGGAUCCGCUGGUAGGCAAAAAUUCAGGGAGGCUCUAUCUGUUGCCUCUUUCGGCUCGAUCUGAGAUAUCCCUCAGACAGAUGGCUAGUAACUUAGCUGGUUUCGCCUCUCACUCAGCUCGGCAGAUUCCAGUCGAUGAUCUGGCUUUUACCCUGAGCUGUCGUCGCUCCAAGCUGGCUGCUCGUGGCUUUUUCAUUGAAUCUCAAGCGAGCCUAAAUAAAGGGCUCAAUAUGGCGAGCCUGAAACUGAGAGAUUCUGACUGUGAAGGACCAUUCCCGUUAGCCUUUAUUUAUACUGGACAGGGUGCACAGUGGGCUGGAAUGGGCAAAGAGCUUCUGAGCCAUAGCCGCAUGUUUAGGAAGACCAUAGGCUAUCUUGACUCUUGCCUCCGAGCCCUUGAUCCAGAACACGCGCCCGCCUGGACACUGGAGGGUGUUCUGCGAGGUGAUGAAAACUGUGAUAUCAACGCCGCAGAAAUAUCACAGCCAUUAUGUACCGCGGUGCAAAUUGCGCUGACGGACCUACUCAAAGAUUGGGGUGCUCUGCCAGCGAUGGUGACGGGCCACUCCUCUGGGGAGAUAGGAGCAGCGUAUGCGGCCGGGGCUAUCGAUGCCCGGCAAGCCAUCUUCGCGUCUUUCUUCCGCGGAACUGCUGUCACCGAGGGCUCUAUUGAGGGUUCCAUGGCUGCCGUGGGACUUGGGAAAGAUCAGGCUGAGGCAAUAAUCGAGGAGUGUGGGUUGAGAGAGUCGGUUACCGUCGCUUGUGCGAACUCGCCAGAGAGCACGACCGUGAGUGGGGAUACAGUCGCCGUCAAUGAGCUUCUUAAGAGAUUCGAAGAAAGGGAUAUCUGGGCUCGGAAGCUAAAGACCGGAGGUAAAGCGUACCACUCGCAUCAUAUGAAGAUUUUGGGGCCCAAAUAUGAGGCCUUACUCGAACGCUAUUGGGAUACGGCUAAUGGCUACCACGAUACAAAUGGCUACAACGCAAAUGGCUACAACGAAAAUGGCAGUCACGACACAAAUGGCAAUCACGAUGCAAAUGGCAACCACGACAUGAAUGGCGCUCUGGAUGGACCGUCAUCAGUUGUCAUGAUUUCCAGUGUGACUGGUGAGUUGGUGAGUACAAAUCACGUUGGGAUGCCCACCUACUGGCGUAAAAACCUCGAAUCUCCAGUGCUAUUUGACAAGGCUAUUAAAGCUAUCCUGGAGUGUGGCAGUUACCAUCUGGUAGAACUUGGUCCGCACUCGGCUUUACAGCUCCCUAUCAAGCAGAACGCCUCGACACUCGAACAAUGUCGCUAUAUCUAUAAUUCCUCUCUCAUACGUGACCAGGAUGCUUGGUUGACUACCCUUCAGCUUGUCGGCUCAUUGUUUUUGCAUGGGCACGAUGAGCUUCAAUGCCACAAGAUGUUUGUGGAUAGACAGACUGUCUUGGUUGAUUUGCCUCCUUAUUCCUGGGACUACAGUUCUCCCACCCUGUGGUCUGAGCCUCGCGCUAGUAUUGAGUUCCGUCACCGCAAAUACCCCCGGCACGACCUUCUCGGGUCCCAAGUGUUAGGAGGGAGCACCGCAGGAGUGACGUGGCGAAAUGUAUUGAAUCUCAAUGAAGCCGAAUGGCUUACGCACCAUUGCCUGGGCCCGUCGGUGGUAUUCCCCGCCGCUGCAUAUAUUGCAAUGGCAGUCGAGGCGAUGUGUCAGGUUGCAGGUCUGCAGCUGGAAGAUUGUCCUGGUGUGGAACUUCGCGAUCUCAACUUCAUCAAAGCUCUCGACAUGGAUCCCGAGCGAAGGCCAACGGUGGAGAUAUUUGCUGAGAUGCAUUCGAUGAAGAUUUCCAACCUGACGAAUUCGGAUAAAUGGUGGAGAUUCGAUGUGGUCUCAGUCGACAGUGAUUCCCAGACUACCUUGCAUAUGAACGCGGCUGUCCGCCUAGCAGAAACCUUGCCACAGACAACUCGCCGUAUUAAGCUUGACAGAUCAAAGAUGCAACAGGAUGCGGUUCGUGUCUGGUACGACAGGUUCACUCAAGAAGGGCUCAACUGGGGUCCCAAGUUUGCUGUCAUGGAGGAGGUCUUCCGAGAUCGUGCGCGCACAGCGCACGUAGCCGCAGCCACUACACAUCUCCAGCGGGGAGAAAUGUUUGGUCAAUACAUUGCACAUCCAAUUUCUAUAGAUGCGAUGCUACAAACGGCCUUUAUUGCGACUACUGGCGGCUGGCUUAAUAAGCUCCGGGCUACCGUCCCUGUUGCGAUUGACUCGGUUUACAUCGCCCCUCCGUCGGCCCUCGACAUGGAUACCGACAGACCAUGGUACAUUGACACCCAGUCAGAGAAUGUAGGCUUUGGAACGGUUAAGAUCAAUGCAGAGCUAUUGAAUUCGUCUGGUCAGGUCUUGAUCAGGAUGGGCCAGGCUCGAUGUAUUGCCUACCAAGGGAACAGACAGACGGAAACCACUGAGCAACGCAAUCCUCUCGUGAGAGCUACAUGGAAGCCGGAUCCCUCUGCGCUAACCAGCACGGGUCUUGACGAGUAUCUGAACCGUUUCAGAGAGGACUGCGGCUCUAUGAAAUUGGCUGAUGGGGACGCGCUGCGCUUGGCUGGUGCUCUGGAUCUGGCCUGUCACCAGAGGUGUAAUAGCAAUAUCCUCGAACUUGGCCACCAAAGCCGGAUAGCAGAGACUGUUCGCGGGCUCCUACGUGUCGACUCCUCUUUCCGAAGGUAUAACACCUAUUGUCGUGGGGUCUUUGCAAACGGUGAUCUAGUCGGUGCGGAGGUUUUCUCGGAGACUGCAGACGAGCAGAAAAUAGAGCGCCCAACGGGGAUUCCACAGGAAAGGAAGUUUGAUAUAGUUAUCAUCCCCUCGGUUGAUCUCUGGACGCCGGCCCUUUGCAGCAGACUCGCACCGGGAGCAACUGUCAUCGUGGCGGGUGAUGCACCCACUGACGAUGUCACUUGGACGAAGGUCAUCAAAGGAAGCGGCUCUUUUCCUGUGACAGUUGCGACCAUAGGCGGCCUGGCUAGCAAGGGAAAGGUCGAGAAACCCCCGACAAUCCUGGUGACCCGAGAUAACAACAUAACACGCCUAGAUCUACAGCUCCAAAAGGUCUUACAAGAACAUCUAGGAUCCGUGGUCAAUAUUAUUGAGUUGUCCCAGGUCAGCAUCGCAACUGUUCCGGACCGGUCAUUUGUCAUAUCCACCCUUGAGCAGCAGCAGCCCCUUCUGAGUAGGAUCGGCCAGAGUGAAAUGGAACAGCUGAAAAGUAUUACCGAUCGUGUAGCCAAGAUCGUAUGGGUCGUCAAUGGCGGCUUCGUGGAUGGAGAAAACCCCGACUUUGCGCCAGUUCUGGGACUCUCUCGUGCGCUUAUGCUCGAACAGCCUUCCCUCCAAUUUGCGGUUCUAGAUGUGGAUGAGAAAUCAGCAUCUCCCGACACGCUGCGCAACAUUGUCAGUGUUUUGGACCGACUGAUCCAAGAACCGGAGCCGGACUUCGAAUUCGCGCAACGAGACGGCGUUCUUCAUAUCUCUCGCUGGGAACCAGACGAGCGUCUCAACGAAACCUUCCGUCUCAAGCAGAAUAAGGAAACCAUUGACCUUUCUCUAGCAAGUGCCGGGCGUUGCGAGUUAGGUAUCAAGGACCCGGGACAAAUGGACACUAUCCAUUUUGUGCAGAAGGAGUAUCCAACCGCCUUGCAUCCAGAUGAUGUGGAAAUCAGUGUGAAUAGUGUAGGCAUGAAUGCAAAGGAUUUGUAUGCCAUAAGCGCCAAAGUGGACACCAAGGAUGCAUCUUGCUCGUGUGAAUGUGCCGGUGUUAUCACCGCUGUGGGCGCCAAUGUUUCCGAGUUCAAGACUGGUGAUCGUGUAGUUGCAAUGGCCCCCGGUCAUUUUGCAACUGUCGAGCGCUUCCCACAUUGGGCAGUAUGUAAACUGAGCGACGAGGAGGAUUUUACGACUACAUCCACUAUUCCGAUUGUUUUUUCGACGGUGAUUUAUGGACUGAAGCAUCGGGCAAAUCUGCAGCCAGGAGAGACCGUCCUUAUUCAUUCCGCUGCCGGGGGCGUUGGGCUUGCAGCAAUCCAAUACGCGAAGCAUCUCGGGGCAAAGAUUUUUGCCACAGUCGGGAACGAAUCUAAAAAGUUAUUCCUCGUCGAGAAGUAUGAUCUGAACCCAGCGCACAUUUUCAGCUCGCGCGAUUCCUCCUUCCUCCCUGCCAUUAUGGAAGCCACUUCUGGUCAGGGGGUUGAUGUGGUUUUGAACUCUCUCACCGGUGAUCUUCUGCACAGCAGCUUCAAAGCUUGUGCCGACUUUGGCCGCUUUAUAGAGAUUGGGAAACGUGACAUCCUUGAUCACGGCGUCCUGGAUAUGUCCACGUUUGGCCGCAAUGUCUCCUUCAUGGCGUUUGACCUGUCUAAUCUCUAUCUCUCCAACAAGCAAUCCCACCAUCAACUCUGGAAGUCCCUGCUUACAGAGAGUCUGGAACUAGUAAGAUCCAAGAUCUGUGAGCCAUGUUUCCCAAUCAAGACAUUCGACUCCUCAGAUAUUACCGAUGCGUUUAGGCACUUCUCCCUAGGCACACGAAUGGGCAAAGUAACCGUGUCAUUCCAGGAUCCGAACACGAAGGUAAGAGUGAUUCCGACAAAAUAUGAAACCGUUUUUAGUGCCCAAAAGUGCUACCUCAUGGUCGGGUGCCUGGGCGGGCUAGGUCGCAGUCUGUCCAAGUGGAUGAUAUCUUGCGGUGCUCGACGAUUCAUCUUUCUGGGUCGAUCUGGUACCGAUAAGCCCGAGGCAAAGGAAAUAGUCGAUGAUCUACGCGCUCAAGGAGCCCACGUCACAGUGAUCCGGGGAGAUGUUUGCCGGUAUGAGGAUGUCGAACAGGCCUUGGAAGCCGCAGAUUAUCCAAUCGGUGGCGUAAUCCAGGCGGCCAUGGCACUGAGCGAGGCUCUCUGGAGUAAUAUGCCGCACAGCGCAUGGCACACUACCAUCGGCCCCAAGGUGCAGGGCACUUGGAAUCUUCACAAUGCGUUAGGCCAGGGUCGGGACUCCCAGCUAGACUUUUUCGUCAUGACAUCGUCCAUCUCCGGGACCGUGGGCACAGCGACCGAAAGCAACUACUGCGCUGCCAACUCCUUCUUGGACGCUUUUGCCCGCUAUCGCAACCGUCUCGGGCUGCCGGCCAUCUCCAUCGGCUACGGGAUGAUUUCAGAAGUGGGAUAUUUGCACGAGCACCCUGACAUCGAGGCCCUCAUGAAGCGCAAAGGGAUCCACCCCAUCAACGAAGACGAACUGAUCCAGAUCAUGAACAUGGCCCUUGUGAACCAAAGACCACGCACGUGGGACUCUCGAUACGAUCAUCUGGCGGGCAGCCACCUUCUCACUGGGGUGGAAUUUAUCGGACUCCAGGAGCAACGGGAACGAGGAUUCGAGGGUGACAAUCAUGUCUUUGCCGAUCCUCGAGCUGCAUUGUUCACUGCGUCCUUUUCCCGCCGCGCCGCGGGCGAGACCAAGACACACAGCGCAGCGGCGCAUCUCCCAGGGGAGAUCGCGCGAGCGCUGCGCGACAACCAAGAUACGGAAUACAUCAUUGAUGCACUGCGGGCCGUUGUAUCGAAGAAGCUAUCCAAUCUUAUCCUUCUGCCGGAGAGCGAACUGGAAGCGGAUCGUCCUCUGGGCGAAUUCGGCUUGGAUUCUAUGCUAGCUGCCGAGUUUCGGACGUUUAUUUUCCGCACGUUCGAGGUCGACGUACCUUUCGUUGUGCUCUUGAAAAGGAGUACGACUGUGAAUCUCCUAACCGGGCUGAUUGCCCAAGGCCUGCAGACGAGUGCUUAG